CUGUUAUGAGCUUUUAUUGAGCAAUAUGAUGAAGAGGGAGAGAGAGUGGGAGAGAUUAGUAGUAUACGUCCAGUACCUACAGAUCCAAUGUUCUACAACCUGAAGUUGGUACGACUAUUUUCUUUUUGGCUUUGCAUUGUUGGCCUGUGUGUCUGGAUAUCAAAAUUGCCUAUAUAUGUGUCCGUUUUCAUAAGCAUUUGAUUGGUCAGUCUGUAGGUUAAACAAUCGAUUAUUUUUACCAGACCAAUAAAAACACUGCUAAUGCGACUGAAUCAUGUGAAGACAUUUGGGUUAGUUAGCUGAAAUUUUGUGGGCAAAAGUUUUUUGGAUUAUCAACCAGCCGGAGAAUGAGUCUUUGGCUUCAAGUCUCAUUACUGGUGUUAUGCUCUGUGAUUUUUGUCUCAUCACUUCCUACAUCUUUACGAAAACAAGAAUUUGGACCUAGUGAAAACUUCGAUGGUUCAGACCAACUGAUAGAUAAUGAAGGAGUUCAUCCGCGUGGACGCAACAAGUCCAGAAAACAUGAUCAAAUGACAACAGCUGGUGAAAGACGUGGGCACAGAAGACGUAGGAAACAUAACCGACAAUGUGAACUGACGGGUGAUUGUCCUGAAGGUACAGUUCAUAGAAAACCACACAGACGUGGACGAAAACGCCGUACACGAUGCAACUCUGAUACUGAUUGUCCCAGUGGUCAAACAUGCAAAGAACGUCGUCAUGGUGGACGCAAGCACCACUCCAAUGAUAUCAAUGGUAUUCCACUCGAUUCAUCACCAUCCUCCUCCUCAUCAUCAAUGUCUAUUAGUGGCGUAAAGUCCAUUGGAAAUAAAGUUUGCCGUGAAAAACGACAUAGUGGCGGUGGUAGUAGUAGUAGAGUUCUUAGAAGAUCCGGAGCUCUGUAAUAAAUUGUAUUCAGACAAUUCAUGACAUCGACAAGUAUUAUAAUUAUUAUAAUUAUCAAAGCAUUCAUUCUUCGGAAGUUCUUCAUUCAAACUGCUUAAAUAGUAUGCAUAUAUAUAUAUAUAUAUACAUAUACAUAAGUUUACACGUUACAUACAUUAACUGUUGUUUAUUUCUUUUCUUGAUUUUUAAUCGAUCUGUUUACGUUUAAAAAGUUUAAAAAAAAGAAAUCAUUUGACUCAUCAAAUUCAUUUUAUUUGUUUAUCUUGAUCAACGAAAACAAAACAAGAGGGAAAUUCAAUGGCGCCAUUUUUAAAAAGAAAAUGGCGCAACAUUUUGUUGUAUACCUUUUUUUGGAAAUGAUUACAUCGAUGAUAAUAAAACAAAAGAAUUGAAAGCAUGAAGAAUAAAAAAUAAAUCAUAGUAAAUAAAUUGUCCGAUUAGGCAUCAGUUUAAUCUAAUUCAACCUCACUCAUGUCAUCGUAUGAUUUUUUUUCUUCUGCCCUAUUUCUUCUUGUUUGUUGCCUCCGCAUUUAAUUUUUCCUAUUUAUAGUUUUUUUUUCUGGUCUUUUUAUUGUUUUUCGUAAACUGAAUAACACAAAUGUCAUAAAUUGGGAUUUAUCCCUUCCUUUUAUUAACUUGCUUGACAGUAAUGAUGAUGAUAAUAAUAAUAAUAAAUAAAAGUCAAUAUUCAGUAUUA